AGUUGCAGUUUGUUGUCGCGUCGGAGAGCACAUACCAAAAAAUUUCGGCAACCAAAAACGGAUUAAAAUUUUUGAAUCAUUUUUUUUAAAUAAAUUUUAUUACGCAAAAACAAAAACAAAACAAAAACAAAUAAUAAUAAAAAACGAAGAAGAAGCAGCAUUGGAUGUGUGAAUGAAAAUCUGAAAAAGCUACACACACAACUACAUUGAUAAUAUUGAAUAUUGGAACGCACAACGAAACGUAGCACAAACACACGCACACAUCUCUUUACUUAUGGAAUUAAACGCAUAAAAAUGGCACGCACAUCUACACACGUACAACAUAUUUAUUAUUAAGGCAAAUAUAAAAAGCGAAAAUUUAUGCAUAAAUACACACACACACAUGUACAUAUGUGAGUGUAUGUGUGGCACAAAACAACAUUGACAGCAGCACAAAAACGUUAAACACAACAUAUGAAACACCGUUAUGCAGCGACAAUAAAUAAUAAUCUUAGCGUGUAAUAUAAAUUCGAAAUCGACAGCAUAAAAAACACGUUGCCAUAAAGCAGAACUCGGAUGCUACUUUAUUGUAUAUCCACACACAUCAAAACGGAACAAUCGACACAAUUGCAUUUCAACGAGACUUACAACAUAUCAAAAGCGUUACGAGCGAAAAAUAGAAAACAAAAACAAAUGCAAAGCAGAUUAGAGGAGCAUAGCGGAGCGAUAGAGGAUAAAUAGCAAUUAAUUGCAAUAGUUUUACACAUCAGAACACUUUACAACAACUUUAGCAGCGAAAACUAAUAACAGCGAAAACUUUUCUGACGACAAAAACAACAGAAAACACGCCAGCAGCUGAACCAAGAGCUGGCAAACGACGAUAACGAUAACAAGAACAAUAGCAACAAAAGCAACAACAACGCUAAUAAUAAAGGCAGCAAGAGAAAUUGCAAAUCAAACAACGACUACUUCUAAUCCUUCAAGAAACACGCACGCACACACACACAUACACAAAAGCCGCAACAAAUUACACACACACACACAUACAAACAAAGCUGAUAAACGCAUAUCGAAGAGCACAAACACACACAAACAGAUCGCGUGAACGACCACACCCACACAUACACGGACAAAAACACACACACAGUUACAAAUACAAAUAAGUGUAAAGCGGAGCAACUAAACCCGCACAACAGCUGGGCUUCGGUUAGGUGUCGGAAAAACUUAUCCGUUCUUGUUCGUAAAGUCGCGCUAAGUCGCGUCGCAAAGCCACAAAACUGGAGGAGCACGGCAGCGGCCAAGGUAGCGGUGGCGGUGGCAGCGGCAGUGCGAUGAGUUCGAAAGUCAGUUCGUUGGAGGAGAAAGUGAAACUCCCGCCGACGGAGACGAUAAGCCGGUGUUAUCAGCCACCAGGCAAGAAUCGCAAAGUCAUACGCAUCCUCACCGUGGCGGUGUAUGUGCUGUGCGUCUCGUUGGCGGCGAUUAUGUUGUCGCUGUACUACAUCUUUAUUUGGGAUCCAACUAUUAGACCCUUUGUCACUAAGGGCAACCAAUGUGACAAAAUUGUGAUACCAGAGAAAAUCGCCAUACGCCUACUCAAUUCAUCGGAAGUCACCGCCGAACAAUUCUACAAACACAUACUCGAACAAUAUCGCAUACUCAAUCAGUUGCAACAGCAGCGACAACAAUUUCUACAAAAACAACAUAUUCAUCUACAACAACUGGCUGCCGCCAACAAAUUUCAAGAAAUCUUUGCCACAGCGACAAUAAUACAAGCGAAUGCCAAUGAUCCGUUACGUAAGCCGAUUACACCAACAAACGGCACCUUCCUGCUGGAUCCAUCACAACCCAUAGUGAACAGCCUCGAACCGCGUAUACCGAUUUUGGAUACUGCGCAAGCGCCCAUACCUGUGCUGGCACCCGCAUCAGCGCUAGCAACAGCGCUAUCCUCCUCGUCGUCGUCGUCGUCAUCGUCGGCAGCAUUGGCCGCGGCCAGCGCGACUAACGGACAUACCAAACGUAAAUCGCAUCGUAAACACUACAACAACAAUAAUCAUCAUCGACAUACAUCGCGUAAAAAUCAUCGAAAGUCCACCGCCGUCACGGCUAGCGGUAACGGUAACAACAAUGCGGACAACAAUAAUAACAGCAACAACGAUUACGAGCCCGAACCAUUUGUAGUGGAAUCGCCACCCAUGAAUCCGCCCAUCUUGUCUGUGGUGCAAGAACCCUACACCCAGCUGCCCAUACCGUUGGUGUUGAAUUCGCGCGAGGACAAACGUCCGUUAUAUUAUACGCAUAGUGAGCGUAGGGGCGGCAGCAGCGGUGCGCGCAAGCGUGCGGGCUACGAGACGCAAACCUACAUGAAUCCACUGCUGACCGGCGAACUUAUAUUCGAAAAAUAAAGAGUGCAGAGCGAAUGAGGAAUGCGAAAAAUUGUUGAGUUGAGGGAAAUGAAGAAUAUUUGAUGCAGAGUGAGGUUAGGAAGAACACAAAUUUUUACUUUAGCGGAAGGCAGUGUGAGGGCUUGCGGAGCAGAACGAAAACAUGUAUGAAGCAAGAAACAAUGUAUGGUAUUUGGUAGAGAAAACCGCAAACUAUGUCAUAACUGGCUCAUAUCAUAGAUAAACAACAAUUCCAACAACAAAAACAACAGCAAAAAUACUGCCACUAUUACCGCCCCCAAAAAAGCAAUGACUGCAACAGCAACAGAAAAGCGCUUACAAAGCGCAUUUCUGCUGCGACUGCGGCUACAACAACAACAACAACACUUAACUAUGGAAAAACAGAAAACAAUAAGCAAAGAGGAAACAACAAACAAACUAGAGCAUAUAUAGCAAAUUUUUGAAUGUGUAGCGAUUAGCGAUAAAAACCAAAAACAAAAACCAAAAAAACCUGAAUAAUGAAAUAUCUAAAAAUAUUACAACAAAAAUAGCAACAACAAAAUCUUAUAUAUCCGUAUACCCAACAACCAAAAUACACUUGUAAUCGUCUGUAUGUACUGUUUAUACUCGUAUUGUAUGUUUAUAUAUAUAUAAUCGGAAAGAAAAUUAAAUAAAUAAACCUUCCCGCCUAUACACCAAAAUCACACUACACCACUUUAUAUAACUGGUCAUAUGGUUCGUAGCACAUUUCGGCAGCAUAAAAACACAUGUUCGCAAUAAAGCGCAUAAAACGCAUGAAAACGCAUUAAAAUGCAUAAGAACGCAUAAUAACGCAUAUAAACGCAUGAAACGCAUUAAAAUGCAUAUAAACACAUAAGAAAUAUUAAAGCGCAUAUAAACGCAUAUAAACGCAUGAGAACGCAUUUAUUCUUCAACACCAAUGGCACCACCACCACCACUCGCUAUCAAUUUUUCACACACUUCGUCUUCACCAACGUAACUAGUCACAUACACACACUCACUUACUGUAUCACUUAGCCACUUUUUCAAACGCCAUGUUCACCGCCACUUUCACACUCACACCACACAUACACGCGCGCAUUUACUAGUGAAGAAUUUAAUCACCAAAUCAAAUCAAGUACACCACCAACAAUAAUAAAAAGUAAAAACAAUAACAAAAAUAAAAAAACAAAAACAAAGGAAAUACAAAAACAAAAAAAACAAAAAACAACAACAAAAACCAAAAACCAAAAACGAAAGA